AUGAGCGCAAUAGGAAAUCAGGGUAACCGCGGAGGUCGCGGAGGUCACGGUCGUGGAAGAGGAAGAGGCAGCCCUGCGACCUCUAUCGCAGGAUCUGAUGCCGGGCUCGGUGGCAGAGGUGGCGGCAGCGGCAAUCCAAGAGGACAAACACUCAGUGGACGUGGCGGCGGAUUCAUUGGAAGACCCUCCAGAGCAAGUUUUACCAGAGGCUUCGACACUCGUGGACGUGGAACUGGUGGCGAGGGCAAGCAGCUGAACGUGCGCGAUGAGAUGCCUAUGCGCCCUGGCUGGGGCACUCUGGGCACGGAGAUGAAAGUUAGGGUGAACUCCUUCGCUGUGAAGAUAUUGAAGAACAUCGUAUAUGAUUAUCACGUCGCUAUCACUCCGUACAAGGUAGGUGCGGGGCGCAGAGCUCGCAUCUUUCAAAUCUUGGAGAGUAACCCUAUCUAUGCUCCCCACGUGCGCUACAUUGCCCAUGACAGUAGUCAGAGACUUGUCUCUGCAACGAAGCUCCCCCAACCUCUCUCGAUACCCGUUCCUUACGUUGAGGAGGGGCAGACGGCUCCGCUACCGAAUGCACUCGUGUUCACAGUAGAGAUAAGGCUUAUCCGUGAGCUCGACAUGCGUGAGCUGAAUGCUUACAUGGAUGGCCAACCAGACCAUAGCGACGAUGAUACGGGUCCCAUGAUAUCCGCUUUGAAUCUCAUUUUACAGCAGCAUGCAGCCUCGCAUGGCACCCGCGUGGGUAAAAACAGGUACUUCUUCCCGUCUUCAGGUCUUUAUCCACUGGGCCCCGGUCUCGAAGCCUACAGGGGUUUUUUCAUGUCGGUUCGCCCAACAUACAAGCAGCUGACGGUGAACGUCAAUGUCUGCAUGACCGCAUUCUAUACCCCUGGAAAUCUCGCGGACGCGAUGAUUGCCUUCAACGGAUCGACUGGAGGAAUGCCCGGGUCAUUUACCCGGGGCCUGAAAGUGUCGACGAGAUACCUCGGUUACACGAGAAAGAGAACGGUCAUGGGUAUCAUGAGCACUACUGCUCGUCAGAUGCGUUUCCAGUGCGAUGAGCUGAAUGGCGUAGUCACGAUGGAAGAGUAUUUUCAGCGACGGUAUGGAAUUCACCUCGAUCAUGCCCAUGACCUUCCGGUCAUCAACGUCUCCGGCAUGACAUGCCUCCCUGCGGAAUUAUGUGAAAUAUUGCCCAAUCAGCCAUACCGUGGCAGGUUGGGCAACCGCGAGAAUGCUGAGAUGACCAAAUAUGCCUGCAAUCCACCGGACACGAAUGCAGAAAUCAUCGUUAGCCAGGGAUUUCCAGCUUUGGGCCUACGUUGGUAUGCACAGGGAGUGCCUCUGCAGGGGUUUAGAAUCACUCUGAACCCGGAGAUGGUUACUGUUCCCAGCCGUGUCCUUCCUGCUCCGAGAAUCACGUACAGGUCCGGGAAUUGUGCAGUUCACGAUGGGAGUUGGAACAUCCUGAAUGUUAAAUUCCACGUCGGGUCGGAUCUUAGGAACUGGGCUGUUCUCCUAGUUCAGGAUGGAGGUGACGAGGAGUUCACUGGAACGAACGAUCCUGCUCUGCAGCAGUUCAUAGAAAUGUUCGCUGCGAAGUGCAGAUCGAGCGGGAUGAAUGUUCCGACCCUGCCCACCUCCAUCGCAACGUCCCGAUUACCACAUCCGCGGGACGACCCAUCAAGGACUCAGGCAUUGGAGCAGAUUCGGAAGGCAAUUACGCAGAACCUUGAUAGAAACAACAAACCCAGCUUCGUGCUUGUUUUACUAUCCAAGAUCGACAGCUAUAUUUAUCCCGGCAUCAAAAAACUCUGUGAUACUGUCCUUGGCAUACAUACCGUCCACAUGCAGCUGAAAAAGGCGAGAGGCAACAACCAAGAUCAGUACUUCUCGAACGUUGCCCUUAAAGUGAAUGCCAAGCUUGGGGGUACGAACCACUUGCUGGAUCCGCAGUCGAUGAGGUGGUUGACGGAGAAGAGGACGAUGCUCGUGGGUAUCAGCCUCACGGAUCCUGGGCCUACAAGCAAGCUCUGUGCUCUAUCGAUCGUUGCUGUGGUCGCCAGUGUGGACAGCGAUUUCGUACAAUUUCCUGCCAGCUUGCAACCCCAGAAGUCCAAUUUGAACAAAGGUGCCAAAGAGAUGGUUGAGAAACUUGAUGACCUGAUGGUAGAGCGACUACUCCUCUAUCAAAAGAAAAAUAAGUCUCUCCCAGAACGUAUCUUUGUAUAUCGCAAUGGUGUCUCAGAGGGCGAGUAUAAUUUGGUCCUUCAGCAUGAACUUCCGAAACUUCUGGUUGCCUUCAAGAAGGUAUCACCGGAGGCGCUAUACCGCCCGAAGUUAACGAUCACGGUGUGCGGCAAGACACGCCGCGCUCGUAUAAUUCCCAUGGAUUAUAAUGUCAUGGACCACAAGGGCAAUACCCAGCCUGGAACAGUCAUUGACAAGGGUAUAACUAAUGUGUACAGUAACGACUUCUACUUGCAGGCGCACCCUGGACUGCAAGGCCAUGCCCGCCCCAAGCACUAUGUGGUCAUUUAUGAUGAGCAGCACUGGUCCGCUGACCAGAUACAGCAGGGGACACACACGACCAGUUAUGGUUACGUGUGUGCGACCAAGGCUGUGAGCUUGGUGCCCCCGGCUUACUACGCUACUCUUGCAUGCAAGAGGGGGAGAUCUUACAUCAAUUCCAUCCUUGAUGCAGGCGAGGACAAAACUUCAACGAUGGGUGGCAGAGAGACCUUGGAAGAGCAGACGCAACAAGUAGACGAUCGGGCUAUGAAGUUCUGGGGCAAUGGGGUUCACGUCGACUUGAAGGAGAGUAUGUUCUACAUCUAA